UCUAUUCACGAGGAGGGGAUGCGCACGCACAGAGCCUACAGUUACCUACACUUCACUCUCACCGUCCGGGUUACUAUCGGAAAGAGGGUGCACCGUGAACCUGCCGGAGCCGCUCAACGCGGGGGACCAUUAACAUGACCACCAUGAACCGUUCGCCGGACAUCUGGACUUGAGACCUUCGGUCUAUCUUCUUUCUCCAGGGUUCUUGUUCCCGGACUAUCCUCUUUUAGAUUCCCUCCAUUUCCAUCAUCUGCCCUUCUAGAAUUAAUUGAACACUAGAACUAAUCAUGUUGUGGAAAACGGGACUGAUCUUUUUGUGCUGGGGCUUGACGUCAGGGGAACUCCAGGACUCACAGUCCGGUUCUCAUUCAGUUCCAGCGCAGAGAACUAUGGAUUUCGGCUUCGUGCCCUCCGAGAUUUACGAGACCGUCGCCUAUUACGAGCCCGGAGCCAUUGGGAUUUUAUUUAACAUGAUGCACGCUUUCCUUUUUGUGGUCCAGCCUAACCCGUUUCCUGAAGAUCUCAUCAUAAGAGUGGCAAAGGAUAAAUUCGGGGCCAUACAAUCUGAGUACCAGAAGCCAGAAAACAUUGUUCUGACGCUACAGGUGAUUUAUUAUGAGAUUGGUUUUGUGGUUUGUGCCACUUUGGGCCUGCUGUUCACCGUGCUGCUGCCACUGGUCGGGCUUCUCUUCUGUUUGUGCCGCUGCUGUGAUAACUGUGGAGGAGAGAUGCACCAGAGACAGAGGAAGAACGGAGACUGCCUAAGAGGACUGCUGACCACACUGCUACUCACCACCACCUUUAUUAUCACGGCAGGGGUCCUUUGCGCCUAUGCAGCCAAUCAGAACCUGAGUUCUCAGUUGAAGAGCAUGAGGAGGCUCGUAAAGAAUAACAUAAAAGACCUCCACACCUUUGCCAAUCAAACUCCAGCACAAAUUGAUUACCUGAUCUCUCAGUAUGACACUGUGAAGGAUCAUGUGCUUUAUGACCUGGAGAAUGUAGGUUUGCUCUUGGGUGGAAGGAUACACGAGGAGUUGGGAAAAGAUGUACAGCCUACCCUUGAUGUGGCACUCAGCAUGGCCAGAAUCAAAGUGGAGAAAGCCAUUAAAGUAAUGCGGGACACUAAAGAUGCUUUAGAGAAUGUCAGUUUGACCUUGGAGACUUUGCAGGAAGGAACGGGCAAACUGCAGUCUAACCUGAGCGUGGUUCGUGGCAGCCUUAGCAACGCACUUAAUGAUCCUGUAUGCGCAGACAUACGCUCAAAUGCAGCGGAGAUCUGUCGAAAUAUACGUAGCACCCUUCCCAGGCUAGAAAUCGCAGCCAACUACUCAUCGUUGCCUGAUGUGACUGAUGAGCUAGACAAAGUGAAUGAAGUCCUGAAGACUGAUCUCAGCCAUAUUGUUGAGAAGGGGUUUGCAUCAUUCAAUGACACUCCUGCCAUGGUAAAAGAGCAAACCCGAAAUGUUGUUGAAGGGGUCAAAGGUCUGCUGAACGACAUUGGCUCUAACAUCACUAAUUUCACCAAGCUCUUCCCAGUUCACAGCUCUCUGACCAACUUCACCAGAAUGAUUACACACACACACUCACAAAUCGAGGACAUCUACCCAAAGAUUGACCAGAUGGACUUCUACAGGUGGAUAUGUUGUAUUACUCUGUGCUGCAUGGUGGUACUUAUCCUCUCCUUCAAUUUUUUGGGUCUGUUGUGCGGCAUUCUGGGAUUUGACAGACACGCUUCCCCGACCACACGCGGCUGCGUCUCUAAUACAGGAGGAAACCUGCUCAUGGCUGGUGUGGGCUUCAGUUUCCUGUUCUCCUGGGUACUCAUGGGUGGUAUAACAGCCCUGUUCUUGGCAGGGGGGAAUCUCGAGAAACUUGUGUGUGAACCCUUCCAAACCCGACAGCUUUUCAAGGUGUUAGACACUCCCAACCUGAUCCAACCUGGCUGGAGAAACUUCAUACCAGGAUACCUGUACCAUGACCCUGAAAUGGAUCUUACGGUGGAUUCUCUCUACAGUAACUGUAAGGACAACAGAGGGAUUUACGCAGCACUUCGUCUGGAUAAGAUCUUCAACCUCUCAUCCUUCUUUAACACCAGUGUUUACUCCAAUGACAUGUCAAGGAAGUUUGAAAGGAUGAAGGUAGACCUGCGGGAUAUCAUUCUGCUGGAGUCAAACGGCAAACAGAAUCUCAUCAGCUUCACUGAAACUGGCAUCACUGAGAUUAACUUUGCUGCCUAUUUGAAGGAGCUUGAUAAAGGAGUGACUCGCAUUAAUUUACAUGCUUUUGCAAAUGACCUUGAUAUUCAAGCUAACCAAUUGUCUAAAGGGACCUUGCAGACUUCAUUAAAGGGACACGCUAACACUAUAAGACAAAUCCACAUACAGCAAGUCAUUCCACUGGAGCAAUCCAUGAAAUUUGUGAAAGCAAGGAGCACACUUAAUCACAGCAUCAGACUUCUGGAGAGGACUUCCUCAGAUUUGCCUAUCAGAGUUUCAGAAGUACUAGCAGCCGUUGAUGCUGCCCAGUUCCUAAUUUCCCACAAUGCAACAUUUGUGGUCAAUCAGGAAACAGAGAAAUACAAGCAGACUAUCAUUGGCUAUUUCAAGCAGUAUAUGGACUGGAUCAGGACAUCUCUCACCAUGGAAGUAGCAGCCUGUAAACCACUCAGCAACAUUGUGGAUACGGCUGAGAUCCUGGGCUGCAGUUUCCUUUUGGAUUCAAUGAACACAUUCUGGUUUGGACUGGGCUGCUCCACACUAUUUCUGCUCCCUAGCAUCAUCCUGUCUGUGAAGCUCGCCAAGUUCUAUCGUAGAAUGGACACAGAGGAUGUCUAUGAUGACAUUGAGACAAUUCCCAUGAAAACUAUGGAAAUUGGUAAUAAUGGUUAUUAUAAUGAGCAUUUAGAAGGUAUCCAAAAUCCUGUAACGACAAGCAUCCCUACCUAUGACACUAUAGCUCGAUUCCCACGGGCCUCUGCGCCCCCUCGCCAUGCCGACUGGUGACUAAAGAGGAACGUCAGUUUUUCAACUACAGAAAGCGCUAUUGGAAACUGGAAUUGAACCUUUUUGGAAUACCCACUUGGUGAACAACAAGCUCAGCUCACAGACAGACAACAUGAAGAAAAAGACUCGCCGCUGUGGCCUGUUGUCCAUAUUCCCGUAACAUCAAUUGUCAACAAAAUGAUUUGUUGUUUUGACUAUUUUGCACCCUUAACAUUGAAGGGAAUGUCCCUUCAAAGAGCUAUUCUGUGAUGUCACAUCCUGUCACAAAGUGAGGGAGGGUUCACUCUAUAUGGUUGUUUUAAUUAGUACUCAACAAGUCUUUGUUUACAGUCCUUGAGAAAUCACGUGACCAGCAUAACAAUGAUUUUACUGCUUCAGUUUGUUCUUUUCUUUUUUAUAGUGCUUUCUGGUUUUUAACAUUGUUGAGAAUUCAAUGUGUUGAAGUCAUUUUAUUGAAUUUUAACUCUGAACCUCAGAGACUAAAGUGAUUGUUGUUGUUGUUGAAAAAGAUCAAGCCAGCCACCCAUGAGUCAGAAAUAAUACACAAAACAAACAUGUGUAACAUAGGUUUUCUAAAAUAUGCUUGAAGUGCUAACUACUGUAUAUGAGCUAGUGCUAAGAUAGAUAGAUGUUGUCAAGCCAUUUCAAAGAUGAAUGGAUUGUUGCCUUUUUAGAUUUUUAGAUCUUGGUACAAGUUAGCCAUGGCCAGAUGUUAGUUUUAAGAUCAUAGUUGUGGCUGAAAUCUAAACCACAUAUAUGCAACUGAUAUCCGCUUUUCUGUACGUGUUAUGCUUGCUUUUUCUACUUGGAAAAUUCAAGAAAUGUUGCAUCUGGUUUUGGUGAC